AUGCGGGGACAGAGACUGAGGCAGCACUGGGCAGCCAGCCCAUGGAGGGCACCCCUGACCCACCCUAAACCGUUUUGCCCCUAUCGAAUUACGAAUUACGGUGAACAAGAUUUUUCUAGCCUGUUCUUCCAAUUAUUUCAGCCUCUACCCAUUACUAACUUCCAAACCAUCCUACCUGCAGAUUCAUCAAGCAUCAGAAGUUCCAAUUUCAAAACAAAUAGAAAAACCCGCUUCAUCAUUCAUGGAUUCACAGACAAGGGAGAUGAAAACUGGCUGGCCAACAUGUGCAAGAACAUGAUCCAAGUAGAAAGUGUGAACUGCAUCUGUGUGGACUGGAAAGGAGGCUCCCGGACCGGAUACACCCAGGCCACCCAGAACAUCCGGGUUGUGGGGGCAGAAGUGGCCUACUUCAUCAAUACCCUUCAGUCUCAGUUUGGAUACUCCCUUUCCAAUGUCCACGUUAUUGGCCAUAGUCUGGGUUCCCACGCUGCUGGGGAGGCUGGAAAGAGGACCAAUGGAGCAAUUGCACGAAUCACAGGGCUGGAUCCAGCAGAACCUUAUUUUCAGGAUACACCYGAAGUAGUUCGAUUGGACCCCAGUGAUGCCCAAUUUGUAGAUGUAAUUCACACAGAUUCUGCUCCCAUGGUUCCCAACUUGGGAUUAGGAAUGAGCCAAACCGUGGGUCACCUCGAUUUCUUUCCAAAUGGAGGAAAAGAAAUGCCCGGAUGUCAGAAGAAUGUUAUCUCUCAGAUUGUUGAYAUAGAUGGGAUCUGGGAAGGAAGUCGUGACUUUGUGGCCUGUAAUCACUUAAGAAGCUACAAGUACUAUGCUGAUAGUAUUGUCAACCCUACUGGCUUUGCUGGAUUUUCUUGUGCCUCUUACAGUGAUUUCAAUGCAAACAAGUGCUUCCCCUGUCCAAGUGGAGGAUGUCCACAGAUGGGUCACUUUGCUGAUAGAUUUGCUGGGAAAACAAGUGGAGUGGGCCGGAAAUUUUAUCUGAACACUGGGGAUGCCAGUAAUUUUGCACGUUGGCGGUACCAGGUAGCUGUCACACUUUCUGGAAAGAAAGUUACAGGACAUGUCUUAGUUUCCUUGUAUGGAAGUGGAGGAAACUCUAAGCAGUACGAAGUUUACAAGGGCAGCCUCCAACCAGGAAAGACUCAUACUAGUGAGUUUGAUUCCGAUGUGGAUGUUGGAGAUGUGCAGAAGGUUAAAUUUAUUUGGUAUAACAAUGUGAUCAACCCAACACUACCCAAAGUAGGAGCAUCUAGCAUCAGAGUGGAAAGAAACGAUGGAAGAGUGUUCAACUUCUGCAGUUCCGACACUGUGAGGGAGGAUGUUCUGCUCACCCUCACCCCAUGUUAG